UCCUGUUUCUUUUUUCUCUCCCAGUGCCUGCAAGGCCUGGCUUUCCUUCAUGCCAACCAGGUGAUCCACAGAGACAUCAAAAGUGACAACAUCCUUCUGGGCCAGGAUGGCUCCGUCAAGCUGGCCGAUUUUGGCCUCUGUGCUCCGCUCAGCCCUGAGCAGAGUAAACGGAGGUCGAUGGUCGGGACCACUUGCUGGAUGGCACCCGAGGUGGUGAGAAGAGAGCCAUACGGCCCCAAAGUGGACAUCUGGUCCCUUGGCAUCGUGGGAAUAGAAAUGGCCAAAGGAGAGGCUCCUUAUAUUCGGGAAACCAGUGAGAGGGCUAACUACCUGAUAGGCAAGCAAGGGGUACCAGACCUGCACAAGCUCAGGCUGCCCUCUGGCUUGUGUGAAUUUCUGGGCUGCUGCCUGCAGAUGGAUGUGGACAGGAGAGGCUCUGCCAGUACAAGGCUCUGCAAGUGGAUCGAAGAAGGUGGGCACAUCUGCUGGCAGUACAGGAGAGCAGAGAGGAAACAGCCUGGCAGGACCCUGGCCAGCAAGGCAAGGCACCCGCUGGACCUGCUCUUUGUCAACAGAAAAGGACUGCCCAGCCCCAGACCUAGGGAUCAGACGCAGGCGCUGCUGCUGCUGCCACUGAAGUCAGCGAGGAUUUGGUGGUUGGUUUCCAUCCCAGCAGAACUGGUCACUUAUGAAGCCGGCUGCUGA